CACCGUCCCACAUCAACAACCUACCAUAACACCUAGCUGGCGCUCUCACUCUGAAAUCUUUUAAAAACAACAUUAUUCACCUGGACUGAAGAACAUCGUCGUUGUGAAUCUGCAUUACACGCGUCAACACACUAUCGGGAAAAGACCAUUUCAAAUUCAAUCGAAAGUGCAGCAUUUAUUUCUGCCUGCAACCCUGAUGCAAUCUAUCAGGAAGUCCUUCAAAUCUUAUGGUUCCUUCAAACAAACAAAAAGGUUUUCCGGCGCCGGAAACCCCGAUUCCGACCACGAGCAGCUCCCCAUUCUCCUCGACCAAGAAACGCACCGCCACAGCGCAAUGCCAGCCGGCGACUACGUCGUCAAAAUCGACGAUGCCGCCAAUCCUUCCCAGGCCAACAAGAUUUGGCGCGAGUCGAGCUACGACUCGUGGAGGGGCGAAGGCUCGUCCUCCGCCGCCAGUGACCAGAGUUUUAAUUUCCGGCAGACGGAGGACCCGCCGUCGCAGCUGAUAGGGCGUUUCCUCCACAAGCAGCGGGCCUCCGGCGAGAUGCAGCUGGACAUGGAUUUGGAAAUGGAGGAGCUCCAGGACGAUGCCGGCGAAGGAAGGUUGACGCCGGUGGAGGAGUCUCCGGUGAACUAUCGCAAUUCCAGGGAGCUGAAGGUCUCCUUCGAUGAACCCCUUUCCGAUUCGAAUCUCCUCGAACAGCAGAACGACCCCUUCAGAAGAAGGCCCAGCAAGGAAUCGUCGACGAUCGCGGACUUCCAACGCCCUCCGCACCCGCCGCAGUACGACCAUCGUCGCUCGCCUUCGCCGUCGCCUAUUGACGACGGCGAGGUACUUCGGUGCACCUCGAACGCUUCCUUCGAGAGAAACCUCUCCAUGCAGAGGAAAUCUGCGUUGUUGAAGGCCAAAACGAGAUCCAGGUUGCUGGCCCCGCCAGACGAAUCCGAGAGAAAAUCGAGUCGGGUUAUGAAAUCGGGUCAGCUCCAGUCUGGGUUUUUAGGGAGGAAGGGUGAUGAGGAGGAGGACGAUCCGUUUUUGGAAGAGGAUCUUCCUGAUGAGUUUAAGAAGACUCAUUUCAGCUUCUGGAUUCUUCUGGAGUGGGUGAGUUUGAUUUUGAUCAUUGGGUUUUUGAUAACCACCCUAUGCAUUCCCUUUCUGAGGGAGAUGAAUUUGUGGCAUCUUAAAUUGUGGAAAUGGGAGGUUAUGGUUCUGGUUUUGAUAUGUGGGAGAUUGGUGUCUGAUUGGGUUAUUAGGAUUGCCGUAUUCUGCAUUGAGAGGAACUUCCUCUUGAGGAAGAGGGUGUUGUAUUUUGUGUACGGUGUGAAGAAAGCUGUUCAGAAUUGUGUUUGGUUGGGGCUCGUGUUGAUUGCAUGGCAUUUAUUGUUUGACCAGAGGGUGCAGAGGGAGACCAACAGUAAUUUCUUGGAGUAUGUUAACAAGGUGUUGGUGUGUUUCCUUGUGGGGACUUUGGUAUGGUUGCUGAAGACUCUAAUGGUUAAGGUGUUGGCCUCUUCUUUCCAUGUGAGCACGUACUUUGAUAGGAUUCAGGAGUCACUGUUUAAUCAGUAUGUAAUUGAGACGCUUUCGGGGCCUCCAUUGGUGGAGAUUCAGAAGGCUGAAGAGGAGGAGGAGAAGCUUGCUGAUGAGGUCCAGCAGCUGCAGAAUGCUGGGGUUACCAUACCCCCUGACCUUAAGGCAACUGCUUUUUCUGAUAUCAAGAGUGGCAGGUCCAGGAGUGGAGUGCUCAAGAGCCCCAGAGCUAAGAGCGCCAAGUUUUCGCGCCCUCUUUCCAAGGGCUCUGACGAUGGUAAUGUCAUCACCAUUGAUAACCUCAACAAACUCAACCCCAACAAUAUCUCUGCCUGGAAUAUGAAAAGGUUGAUGAACAUGGUCCGGCAUGGGGCUCUUAGCACCUUGGAUGAACAGAUACUUGAUACCGCCAAUGAAGAUGAGAACGCCACGCAGAUCAGAAGUGAAAACGAGGCAAAAUCUGCUGCUAAGAAAAUAUUUCAAAAUGUUGCUAGGCGUGGGUGCAGGUAUAUAUACCCGGAUGACUUGAUGCGAUUUAUGCAAGAAGACGAAGCUGCAAAAACCAUGAAUCUCUUCGAAGGAGCAUCUGAUUCUGGGAGAAUAAGCAAAGCUGCUUUGAAGAACUGGGUGGUCAAUGCCUUCAGGGAAAGGAGAGCGCUCGCUUUGACACUAAAUGACACAAAAACGGCAGUGAACAAACUUCAUCGAAUGCUGAAUUUUAUAGUUGGAAUUGUUGUACUGAUUAUUUGGCUCUUGAUAUUGGAACUUGCCACCACCAAAUUUCUUGUCUUUUUGAGUUCACAGAUUGUCUUGGUUACAUUUAUAUUUGGAAACACCUGCAAGACCAUAUUUGAGGCAAUUGUUUUCCUAUUUGUCAUGCACCCAUUUGACGUGGGAGAUAGAUGUGAAAUCGAUGGGAUUCAGAUGAUCGUAGAAGAAAUGAACAUAUUGACAACUAUAUUUCUGAAAUACGAUAAUCAUAAGGUGAUCAUCCCUAACAGUGUCCUUGCUACCAAGGCUAUAUUUAACUUUUACCGGAGUCCUGACAUGCAAGAUAUUAUCGAAUUCUACAUACAUGUAUGCACCCCAGUUGAAAAGAUUUCACUUAUAAAACACAGAAUAAACAGUUUCUGUGAAAGCAAGAAGGAGCACUGGUAUCCUUCACCUACUGUAGUAGUCAGGGAUCAUAUAGACAUACACAUGGUGAAAAUGGCUAUCUGGCCCAGUCAUAGAAUGAACUUCCAAGAUCAGACAGAAAGGCAUACCAGGAGAUCCAUUUUGCUUGAAGAGUUGAUUAAGAUUUUCAGGGAACUCGACCUUAAUUAUCGCCUCUUGCCGCUGGACGUUAACGUCAGAGCCGUGCCUACCUCCUCUGAACGGCUUCCACCUAGUUGGCAAUCGAUUCCAAGUUGAGCAGAAGCAAAUUCAUGUAAUUCAAAGCCCCUUUUUGUGUGGAAUACCCGUGGCGUUAACUGCUAGGAGGCACCAUAUUUUAGCAGGAUAGCAUGUGUAAAGAAAAUGGCUUUGGUUUUUCUUAGUUAGAUUAGUUUCAUAUGUACCAAGCUUAGUCUGUAGCUAUGAAGCAUGUCUAGGCACACGCAUGUAGUAGAUGUGGUGAAAUCAAUAGUACUAAUCAUUGCCUUGUUUAUACUUUCACUAUCAAAGUUCCCUAGUUCUA